AUGGGUUUACCUCAAACCCUAUUGUCCUAUUUAUUCUCAUUAUUUAUCCUACUAAGCCGGGCUCUUUCAUACGACUAUGCGUCCUAUUCUAAAUCCAAUGCCGUGAGAAUCGACUCUUCUCGCACCUCUUUACGCCGCCUGCAUCGUGCUUUACCCCCCCACACCGUUGCAUAUUAUGGCUAUCCGUGGAUAGUACAGGGCUUUGAUGGACCCAAUGGAGACGAUUGCUCCCCUGAAAACUGGAAGUAUGAUCGGUACUUUAGUCCAGGGCAGUGUCCUUCCGGGUAUAAGGCUUGCACGCUGCCUACCGAGACGCAGAGGCUCGUAACGACAGAGAUAUGCUGUCCGACUGAUUUUGACUGCGUGGGACAAGACUUGUGCUCCAAAACAUUCAAUACUCCGACCCACAUCACAUACACAGACUCAACUGUUUCCACUGAAAAGGAUGUCUAUGGCAUCAGAGCUACCCCCAUCCAAAUCCGUUUUGAGGCAAGUGACUCGACUGCCGUUCCUAUUCCGACCGAGUCGUUCAAAUUACCGGAAUAUCCCGCGCCAAAGAAGGAGCUCAGUCAGAGAGAAGAAGCCGCUAUUGUAGCUGGGUCAAUUGCUAGCGCCGUAUUUCUCGCUUUGGGGGCCUACUUUGGACGGAAGUACUGGAAGCAGAGGAAGGAGAACCUUGCCAGUGCUCCAAGAGAUGAUGAUCCGCCGCCGCCUUAUACGAAAUAA